AUGUCAAACGAGCCAUCAGCGAAGAAGCAUAGGGGGCGCCUGCGAUCGGGGAUUCCUGGUGGGGAGGUAAUCGGGCUCUACGAAAACGUUCUGCAUGUUCAAGAAAUGCUCAAGAAGAUGCAGCCGAUCGCGGAUGGGGGUGAAGGUGCGGAUGGGAACAAUGAGGAUCUUAUUCCCGUCGACGAUGUUGCUGACAUGGUCGGGGAAAUUGUCAAACUGUUGGCAACAAAGGUACACUCCCGCCCAGCGUUUGCAUUGUCGGGCCUUCAACAAGCUCAAAUCGAGGCUCUACACCUCACCGAAGGGCCGGUUCUAAGACUCAAGGUAAACCCAGAGCGGAUGGAACACGAGCGUGCGCAUGGCGCUGACCAGCUAUGGUCGGAUGCCACUUUCUAUCGCCAUUUAUGCAUCCUACACUCGUCGGUCACCCGUACUGAACCCAGUGCCCGGACGUUCAUCGAUGCUUUCUUUUUCCGUGCUGCGGCGAUCUUUUCCUCGCGAAAUUCGGAGGGAAAGCGACUUAUCCUCGGCCUCGAGCUGCCUGUCAGCACCCCCGUCGGGAACGACAAAGCUACACUCAAUGGGUUUGUUGAUUAUGCCAUUAUACCGACACGGGACGAACUUGCUGCUUCGUUCAUGCGCGACCCGCUAUUGAGGAAGAUUCGACUGCACUCGGAUUAUGUUCUAUUCAUUACUGAGGCAAAAGCUGUUGACGUGUCCCUUGGCCACCAACUCCCUCAGGCUCUGGGAGAGAUGUAUGCUUGUUCCGAGGCCCUCGACAAAAAAAUGAUACGGGGAGCAUUAACCAACGGGCGUUCUUGGCUGUUCCUGCUCGUUAAGCUUGAUGGCGAGGGUGGAACUUACAGGGUCUCGCAUGAAAUAUCGAUCAUGGCUCCGGGUCCCGACUUCUCUCUCGAAGUGAAUCCCGCUUCUUGUGCACAAGUUUCUAUCAUUCUCGCUAGUUGGAUUGAAAACAGCUUUACGGACUUGGACAGCGGAGAUUGGUUUGAAUGCUAA